AUUCUAAAAUAGUACGAUUACGUAACCAUGACGUAGUUUCAGUCCCAGCUGAUCGCCAUUGCCAACUCGCCCACCAGCUUUGGGAUACCUUUGAUAUUCGACACCAUCGGCAACAACAAGACCACAGAAUCAUGAAUACACAAACACCAUAUGGAUACGAUGCCCCGAAGGCAAAAGAGUGGAGCGCAAGACUAGUUGGCAAACAGCUCGUGAAAUCUGGGCCGGCGUCUGAUAACACGUUUGUGGAAACAGAUCUGCCGCGUCCGUCGAGGGUUAUCAAACCGGGAACGCUUUCGACGAUGGACUUUGAUCCGAAGAGACUUAACGUGACCGUGGAUGGCUCUGGAGUUGUCCAGCAUGUGCGGACGGGGUAGAGGAUCAGACUGUAAUAUAUCUACGUUUUAUGGCUUGUACUUUAAAGGCAAGAGGGUUCAUAGAACAUCGUUGGUAAUUAAGACACUUGAAUACUAAACUCGAUAAACAAAA